UUUUAAAGUGUUCUUUUGUUUCCAUUUAAGGUCUGGCUGUCAUGCAUUUUCAAGACACAAACGAGUUAGACGUGGGGAACAACCCUAAAGUUGGAACAAAGCGCUACAUGGCCCCUGAAGUGCUCGAUGACUCCAUCCAGAUGGAUUGCUUUGAGUCCUACAAGAGAGUGGACAUUUGGGCCCUGGGCCUCGUCCUGUGGGAGAUCGCCAGGAGGACAGUCAGUAAUGGAAUUGUAGAAGAUUACAAGCCCCCUUUUCAUGACGUGGUCCCAAAUGAUCCGAGCUUUGAAGAUAUGAGGAAGGUUGUGUGUGUGGAUCAGCAGAGACCCAACAUCCCAAACAGAUGGUUUUCAGACCCAACUUUAACCUCCAUGGCUAAACUCAUGAAGGAAUGCUGGUACCAGAAUCCGUCAGCCAGAUUAACGGCGCUGCGCAUCAAAAAGACUCUCACAAAGAUCGACAACUCUCUGGAUAAAAUAAAAACAGACAUUUGAGCCUUCCCCGAGAAGACGAAGCAGGCAUGUACUGAGGGCCACUGAAGAUGUCCGGAGGAUGGACCACCUUAGAGAAAAAUCUCAAAAGAUAAAUGACUCAAUAAUUUCAGUGCCCUUAUAGUGGCACAGACUUAUAUUUAUUUUAAAACAUUUGAGGGACAUAUUUUGGCAUCCAAAGAUGGCUUACCAGGCAUUUCCGAGACUGCCGAUGGUCUUAGAAAUGGGAAAAUAUCUAUUUCAACUUUUAUCAUAGGAGCUUGACUAUUAGAAAUGUUCUUCAAGGAAGAAACUUACCAGGGCAUUUGAGUAGGGUUGCUUGUUUUUAGAAGAGCAGAUUUUGUUUGAAAACCUUUUUUAGCUUGGAAAAUGUCUGAACGCGGUCAUUUCUUUAUCUCUUUAAUUGUACUGUGUUGUUCUUUUGCAUUACGGUCGAUCCAUUUGGAAAAGUUGUCAACUCGCCGGUUGAACUUGCCUAGUCAGUCAGCAAAUUUUGUAACACAGUGAACAUGUCGAGGUGUGUUAUGUCUCACUUUGUGUCCAGUACCACUGUUUACAAUGCUGUCAGAACAAGUUUCUUGGGAUUUUAUUCAGUUCUGUAACAUUUAGUUGUACAGUCAAGUCAGUGGCACCAUCCUUUUCCCGAUAUCGUCCAACUACAAGGUACUCUGUUGCAAACCUUUUGUAUAUCAUCAUUAACUUUACAUUGAAUUGUUUUUUUUUAUCUUGUUUUGCUUCUUCAGCUUUACAGAGACGUAUGCUAAAAGAACAAAUACAAUAUCUGCUAGAUGAUGCUGAACUGUAUUCCUCCAGAGGCCUGUAAGUAAGCCUGUAAAGCCUGUAUAUUGUCUUAACGCGUGCAUUGUCGUCUUAAUGCGUGCAUUGUCAAAGUAACUGAAGUCAAACUUCAGCGUUUUUUAAUUUCUUUAACAUUUUAUAUCAAUUAGUUAUUUCUAUUAAUUAAAAUGGGGAAAAAAAGAAGUAAAUUA